UAUACCAGGAAGUCGACGCGAAUAAUAAUGCACACUAACUGACAUGGUUCCUCUCUUGCUUUAUUUCCUAAAACAUGAACAGGACCCAACUGAAACGAUCCAGGAUAUUAAGGAUGGCCUUCACAGACUCCAUGCACCCGGAGGACAAAGACGAGUCAUUCGCUUUGAAAGCGGUGAAAAUCGCGUCCGUCGUCGCUCUCUACUGGUUAAUUUCCAUCACAAUGGUAUUCCUGAAUAACUAUCUGUUGGACAACAAGGACCUGGACGCGCCGGUCUUCAUCACAUUCUUCCAGUGUGUCGUCACCGUUGGACUGUGUUUGCUCAUGAACGUGUUCGCAAUCCUUUGGCCGGGAUACGUGGAUUUCCCGUCUUUGAAACUGGACCUGAGAGUGUCCAGAGAGCUGUUGCCAUUGUCGGUGGUGUUCAUAGGCAUGAUCACAUUUAACAACCUGUGCCUCAAACACGUGGGAGUCGCAUUCUACACUGUCGGCCGCUCGCUCACCACCGUAUUUAACGUCAUUCUGUCUUACGCUGUUUUAAAGCAAACGACGUCAUUUUACGCACUGUUGUGUUGUGGAGUCAUUCUGGGUGGAUUCUGGCUUGGUGUGGACCAAGAAGGCGUGGCUGGUUCCCUUUCUUGGACCGGCGUCGUUUUCGGCGUCCUUGCCAGUCUUUGUGUCUCUCUCAAUGCCAUCUACACCAAGAAAGUGAUGCCGGCGGUGGAUGGAAAUAUCUGGAAGCUUUCCUACUACAACAACCUCAAUGCCAGCGUGCUUUUUAUACCCCUUAUUGUCGUAUCAGGGGAACUGAGAAACUUGUUUAAUUUCAGCAGACUGACAGAUUUAAAUUUUUGGGGCAUGAUGACUCUGGGUGGCUUGUUCGGCUUUGCCAUCGGUUACGUCACAGGACUUCAGAUCAAGUUCACCAGUCCAUUGACGCACAAUGUGUCGGGCACAGCCAAAUCCUGCGCGCAGACUGUGUUGGCAGUAAUGUACUCCGGCUCCAGUAAGAGUGUGCUGUGGUGGACGAGCAACAUGAUGGUGCUGGGUGGAUCUUCUGCAUACACAUGGGUCAAAGGGCUUGAGAUGAAGAAAGUGCAGGUGCCUCUGGACACACAAAGCACUGCCACACAGAAAAGUAAAGAAGCCUCGGGGGUGUAGAACAUUUCUUAAGCAUCUAAAACUACUUUAGGAUCUUCAUGUUGUAUAUUUUAUUGCUGUUUGAUCAUUUGAUGUAAAUAAAUGAUUUUGCCUAGUUGCUGUACCUGACACAGUAGAGUCAUGUCAU